GCAAGAUCACAUCGCAAGAGUUAUCGAUGAGCUAUCGAACGCUUUUCGUUAGAGCGGGGUUAGGAAAGUUUCGGUAUUUUACAGUUGAUAAUUUUUAUACGUUUAGGAAGAAAAAUACGAGUAAGUUUGGAAGCUGUACAUGUCAGAAGAGGGUGACUAGUACGAAUAGUGCUAUACGAUCUGUACGUGUCGGUACUAAGAUUAGAAUGUCAGGUGGAAGUCGUCUGGAUCAUGUUUAUCGUAGUAUGUUGAUGACCAAAUUUUUUACAAAAGGAUGGGGGAAGCCAGAAAAUUUAAAGAGACUCUGUCAGAGAACUUCCCGAAACUUCAGGCAGGGCUUCAAAGGAGUUGCCCUUCAUUCCCUGACCGAAAGGCCCAUCCAUCUUAUUAUACUCGGGAUAUAUCCGAUUGAAGGUUAUUUUUAUUCAAAGAGAAGAUGACAAAUCGAGAAGCAUGUUACAGUUUGGUUCCAAGUGAUUACCCAGUUACCAUUUCGAAGGAAGAAAAUUAUUCAGAUUGCAGAAUUAUGGAAGGUCACUUUCUCUCUCCUUUUGUGACCCAUCUACCAGGCAUUGUACCAGUCGAAUCAGAAACUGCAUAUUUUCAAAUUGUGCUCCCAAAGAAGUGGAACUCCAACCACUACAAGCCAAUAUGUCUACAUCUUGCUGGGACAGGAGACCAUGGUUUCUGGAGAAGAAGGCAAAUGAUGGCAAAACCACUGCUUAAAGGAGGAAUAGCUUCAAUCAUUCUAGAAAAUCCGUUCUAUGGUCUGCGUAAGCCAAAAGAUCAAAUUCGUUCGAGUCUGCACAACGUGUCAGACAUCCUUGUGAUGGGUGGUUGCCUUAUAUUGGAAUCACUGGUUCUGUUUCACUGGUGUGAGAGCAACGGGUUGGGACCUCUUGGUGUUACUGGGAUGUCUAUGGGAGGACAUAUGGCUUCAUUGGCGGCAACAAAUUGGCCUAAACCCAUCGUUCUUGUGCCAUGCCUCUCAUGGUCCUCUGCAACACCAGUCUUCACCCAGGGAGUUAUGAGCCACUCGAUUAACUGGGAUCUGCUGUGCUCACAGUAUUUUGCUGAGGAUGUUUACCGGGAAGAAAUCACAAAGUUGGUCCGAGUUGAUAAGGAUGCAUUCCGAGCUGGGCAGUACUUUGCAAAACAUUUUCCACAAAGCAUGGAUCACAUCCACAGACUUAGCAGAGAAGAGCAUGAAUUAAGCAAACAAAAGGAGUUCUGCAGAGCAUCGCAACUAAAUCCCAAAUCUGUCACCACAGAAGGACACAGUGAUAACAGCAACUUUAACCAGCAAACGAAUGAAUCAUCACCGUCAAACUGUCAAGCAGUCAUCAGUAGUUGUAAUGCCUCUGGAGCAUCAAAUUAUGAAGUUUAUAAUCCAUCCUCAAACAGAACUCUCAGAUCAAAGCUUGAAGUUCUUGCUGCAGAAUCAAAAUUAGGUACAGCAAAUUUGAUGACAAGUGCUCUGAAAGGUUCAGACCUGAUAAACACAUCAAACAAUGUUGAUCAUCCUGACAUAAAUAUAAAUUUAAGUGUACCUGAUCAGGCAUCUGAAGUUACGAAGACAAAAGGCAGUACAUUAGAGAGUCCACUAAUUAAACAAAAACUUUUGGACCUGAGCAUCUUAACUCAAUUAAGUGAGUCAAAAUCAAGGGUCUUAGGUUUCAGAAACAGGGAUUUAGAGCACAAGAGCUCUCUAAGCGGUGCUUCAGUGGAAAGAAUUGAUAAGCUGAAAGAAAAUGUUAAGGAGAGCGUAUCGCGCUGGCGCGAGGGUGAAGCGUUAUUGUUCAUGCAUGGAAUCAUGGAUGAAUGCACGAACCUGCAGAAUUUCUCUGUCCCUGUGGACACGUCCCUGAUCAUUGCAAUUUGUGCAAGAAAUGAUGCUUAUGUCCCAAGGGAAGGAUGUGCUGAUCUUACUGACAUAUGGCCUGAAGCAGAGGUGCGGAUCCUUGAUGCAGGACAUAUCAGUGCAUACUUACUGCACAAACAUGCUUUCAGAGAAGCCAUCAUUGAAUCAUUUCAGCGUUUGAAGAGGAAAUACAUAGACACAUCGCCAGAAAAACAAAUGAAUUAGCAUCGAGGAGUCAUAACAAUGAAGAGUGAAGUGUAGCGGAGAAUGUUUGUUUUUAAUUUGCAUACUGUUUGGAUAUUAGUUUUGUGGGCCUGUGAACUAGGGUGGGGAUGGAAGGGUGUUAUGAGGUUACUGUGAAUAAUUAAUAGUACCUCAUACACCAUUGUACUGGUGCUAAAUUUUAUUCAGAAACAUUUUCUUGUCAGUUACUGGUGUGUAUAAAACUGGCCAAUAUUUUCACCACUGCUAGUAUUGCACAAAGCUGAGUCUGACCAGUAUAAGUUAUUGUUCCUUAGACAAUUUAGAUGGUAUAAAUGCUGCAAAAGGAGUGAAAGUCAUAGAAUUUUAUAUGUUUAUAUAUAUGUAAGAAGAUAUUUGCAAAGCGUCGCAUGUCAGAAUAACAAUUUCUGCUCUGCAAGUUGAAGGAGUGUCCAUGAGCACAAGUACUGGUCUGUAUAAGAUAUUUUAGACAUUAAAAUGUACUAAUUAUGAUAUACUAAAGAUUUAUAGUCAUGUAAAUAAAACUGAGGGAUUCUGUAAUUUAUUAAGUACCAAUGUGAUUAGAUUUUGCAUAAAAUGAUUUUAGACAAAUUUGUGUCUGAUAUAGGCUAUACUGAUAUUUGUUCCACACUAAUUUUUUCUCUCAUAAUAAUAUACUAGUUACUUCCUUCUGUCUUACAGGGUGUUUCAGAAUUGGGAAAAAAUGGUUCUUUUUGAUUUUGUUAUGUUUUCUCAUGGUUUCUAAUUUGUGGGUUAUCCUUAUUUUAAUGUCUCAUACUUGUCAGAUUCCAAGGGCUGAUACAGACAGUAUACAUUAUUUGUAACAUCUACCUGUAUUAAUAUAAAGGGUUCUCAUGAUGGUUA